AUGGAAGACUCCCCCUACCAAGAGCUCCGAUUCGGCUUGGAAUCCACUCGGCUCCGUCUCGGCUCGGCUUUCCUAAGCCCCAUCCCCUCCCCCUCCACCCGGCGCCUCUCCAUCACCAGCGCCGAGAGGAGGCCGAGCCGGUGCGGAGUUCGCAAUGCGCCCGCGGCGGCUCGACAGCUGUCCUGGAUGUCGCUGCAGGGGUGGCUGGCCGACGCGGACGAGGCCACGUCGGCACGAGCCAUAAAGGGGGGCUUGGAGCCGGACCAAGCCGUGGCUUGGGAGCUGUUUACCCCAAUCCAGAGGAUUCUCUUCGUCGCCGUCAUCAGCGUCGCCGCCGCCGAGUCCAAGAAGAACCGGCGCAUUGUGGAGCUGAAGAAAUCUGUGGAGUUUAGGGAUCAGGUGUUAUCAAACAUGCAGCACAAGCUUGACAGUCUGUGCGCGCAGAUAAGUAACAUUCACCAAACAGGAACUGAGACUAUUGAGACUCCGGACAUGUGCCCAACGAAGGACAUAGAAAUGCAAUCCAGUGAUUCUUUUGGUUGUGAUAAAAUCAAAUUUGUUGAUUGUGGUUGCUGGCUUUGUGAUCAGCAUCGUGAUAUUUCUCAAGGUUUGGUGGGCAGUAAUGACAUGAAAGGAUCCAAGGGGUAUGAGAUACUACAAUAUAAAAUGUCUCUAGAGCAUGUAGCAGAGCAAGAGGAGCGCCGCAUGUCUGAUUUAUCAGACAUAGCAUCAAGUAUCACAUCUGCUGCUGACUUCCAGCUGAACAGCUUAGCUCUCGAACAAGACAUGUACAACCUCAGAAGGGACUGUGAAGAGAAAGAUGGGACCAUAAGAGAGCUAACCUCUUUACUCCACUCAUCUGAAGCUGCUGGUUCAAAGAGAAUUGCACAGUUGGAGGACAUAAUACGUAGGAAAAAUUCAACAAUAACAAGACUAAAGAGGGACAUGGCUGUUCUGGAGCAAAGAGUGGUACACCAUGCAAGGCUUCAGAGAUCCUCGUACUCUUCUUCCUUAAGCUCAGAUGAUUCAGACACUGCAGACCCUCUUCCAAAAGGUCCGCACAUGGCAGACAAUUUGCUCUAUGAUUUGGAUAGUACUACUAGCCCGUCUUCCGAUUCAGAUAGUUCCUUCCCUGUGAACAGAACACGUGCUCUUGUUUCUAAAACUCCAGAGAUUGCUACAACUCUAGAGACUCUUCCUCAGACUUAUGAGUCUUCUUCAACAAGCCAGAAAUCAGCACCAGAGAAGACACCAAUUUCUACAUCAGUGGCUCCUUUGAAAGAGAUAACUAUGAAUUCAAGCCAUUUACGGUCGGUGAAGACAAAAUAUCAACCAGUCAGUCCAAGACGGCAAUCCCUGAGUCUAAAAUCUCAUCAACCAAGUCCCUUAUCUCCUUUUUCAAAGAGACCUCAAACAGCAAAUCCAAGUUCUCGACCAGCAAGUCCCUUAUCCCCCUUAUCAAGUAGAUCUCAGUCAGCCACGACCUUUAAAAAAUCCAGUACAUCCCAAACUUCGAGGCCAAGGCAGUUGUCAGCUGGUGGAGAUUCAAAAGUGAGUAAAAAGCGUUAUCUGCCUCUACGAAAGGAAUCAAAGAAUGCUACUCCACAGAAGAGAUGGGCUUAGUAAGGUUGAUGUGGAGAAUGAUACAUGCACAAUUCUGAGUUUGUUCAUUCCAGAUGAACAUGCUUUUGAGAGUGAUAUAUACAAUAUACAAUCAGGCUAGUAUAUAUUAUAGGUGCUGGUACUGUUGCCAUAAUGUUAAGAUGUUGCUGCUAAACAUAGAAUUGCAGAGCUUGCAGUACUUAGGUGGACAUGUUUUAUUAGUUCAAUCUGCCAUGGCUCUUUCAGUUGACGAUGAUCUCAUUACCUAAGUGGUUUCAUUAUGGUUCAGACAGCAUUGUAAUGGCAACUUGUGGUGCAAGCCAAUUCUGGGUGCAAUUUGGGAACUAAAUCAUCCCAUAGAUGUUCUAUAAAGGGGAGAGAAGGG